AUGGCUGUCCUUCACUCUGAUCUAGUGUCUACUUUGACACUCAGCGGUGGUUUAGCAAUUCUUGCUUCAGCACUGGCUCUUUAUACAACAAUCCGCGCCAUCUACAAUGUCUUCUUCCACCCCCUCUCCAAAGUCCCAGGCCCAAAGCUCUACGCCACAGCUCAACUUCCCUACCUCUGGAACAUAACUCGAGGUCAAUGGAUCGCUCGUCUCUCAGAUCUGCACGACCAAUAUGGCCCUGUCGUUCGAUACGCUCCCAACGACGUCUCCUUCAUCACCGCCGACGCCUACAAAAACAUUUACGGCCACAAGACAGCCGGUGCUAAGAUCUUUGAGAAAGACCUUCGCGCCUACCGACAGAAACGGCCUGCUCCAAAUCUGAUCAUCGCCAACCAUGAGGAUCAUAAGCGUCAGCGCAAGCUUCUGUCGCAUGCGUUUUCUCAAAAGGCUCUUCGUGGUCAGGAAGGGCUUAUCAAUCAUUACGUUGACCUCUUUAUUGAACGUCUUACUCAGAAGGCUCAACAGGGUGAGGCCGUUAACAUGGUUGCAUGGUACAACUUCGCUACAUUCGACCUAAUCGGUCACCUCGCUCUCGGUCAGCCCUUCGGAUGUCUUGAAAGUGGAAACUACCACCCCUGGGUUCGCAGAAUCUUCCAUACCAUGAAGAGCGUCAGCUUCUCACAGGCCCUGGUCCGUCUCGGUCUCAGAGACUACAUUCCUAUGUUGACACCCAAGAGGUUGCAGAAGGCUACAGAGGAGCAUUGGCAAUUCACUGAGCAUGCAGCUGGCGCACGACUCGAUGCUAAGGAUACCAACAGUCAGGACUUUAUGUCGUAUGUUCUCCGAUAUAACGAUGAGAGAGGAAUGUCCCGUCCUGAAAUCCUCGAGAACUCCAGUCUGCUUAUCAUCGCUGGUAGUGAGACCACUGCUACGUUGCUCAGUGGUGCUAGUUACUUCCUUUUGACCAAUCGUGACAAGUAUGACAAGCUUGUCAAGGAGAUCCGGACGACUUUUUCUUCCGAAGACGAGAUCACUGCCAAUCGUGUUGAUCAACUGAAGUAUUUACUCGCGGUUCUCUCUGAAACCUUCCGAAUGUAUCCACCUGUCGCCGCCGGUCUUCCUCGAAUUACUCCCGAAGGAGGCGAAUUCAUGGAGGGUUACUACAUCCCGGAAAAGACUUCCGUUUCUGUUCCUCAAUUACCCGCCUACAAGUCAUCUCAAAACUUCAGAAACCCAGAGCAGUUCGUUCCCGAGCGCUGGUUGGAUGAUCCUCUUUAUGCGAACGAUUCUCGAGCUGUGGUACAGCCAUUCUCAAUGGGACCUCGCGACUGUCUCGGCAAGAAUUUGGCCUACGUUGAGAUGAGGCUCUUGUUAACGCGCUUGCUUUGGAAGUUUGAUCUUGAGUUGAUGCCUGAGAGUAAGGAUUGGUAUGAUCAGAAGAUCUAUAUUAUCUGGGAGAAGAGUGAACUCAAGAUUAAGUUGAAGGAGGUUGUCCGGGAGAAGUAG